AUGUGUUAUUACAGCAGUUACUAUGGAGGCCUGGGCUGUGGCUAUGGCUGUGGCUAUGGCUGUGGCUAUGGCUGUGGUUAUGGCUGUGGCUGUGGCUGUGGCUAUGGUGGCUAUGGUUAUGGUUGCUGCCGCCCACUGUAUUGUAGAAGAUAUUGGUCUUAUGGCUUCUACUAA